UCAAUGGCACUUGGCGUUCACUGACAUGCGCAGAUGCUACCUGCUGGUGAGGAUGAUCGCGCGCUAAUGUUUCCAGUACAUUUGUCAGUUAGCAGACAGAGGCCUUAUUCAGCUGUCGUCACUAGCAUAUUAACAUUAUUUUAAAGUUGCACACAUGGGUUGGGUGAUAAGUGCGAGGUUUUAAAAUGUUUCGUAGCAGCACAGAGGAGGUAACCAGCGACAGUACCUCACAGUAUGGACAAACCUGGCCGGUGUCGCCAGCUGACAGAAACGGACUCAACGACAGUACAUCGUACGGUCCGGCUUCAGCUUCCUCAAGUUCAUCCCGCCAAAGUUUAGAUGAAGGCAGCACGAGCUCCAGCCAUGGUCCAACACUCCCCCCAGCAGCCUCAGGUCAGUUCCACCACAGCUUCAGGUCAGGCAAGACAAAUGCAUCACUCCUUGCCUGUACUUCAGACAGCUCCUCCUUCCGCAGCCGUGGAGGAACACCAAGACUCAGAAGGACCCCUGGGUCUGCAGGGGCCACAGGCACACAUCCUGCACGGACACCACUGACUGAUCACACCGCAACAACUUGCUCCACUGCGACUCCAACUUCUGGUGCAUCUGUGAUUGUGGCAGUGGUCGAAGGGCGCGGUUUGGCCAGGGGAGAGAUUGGCAUGGCCAGUCUCAACUUGAAAUACCCAGAGCUUGUUCUCUCUCAGUUUGCAGACACUGGGACUUAUGCCAAGGUCAUAACCAAGGUUCACAUCUUGGUGCCAAUGGAAAUACUGAUGCCAGACACAGCCAGCGAGAAGGGGAAAGGGACAAAGCUGUUCAACCUCAUCACCGAGAACUUCCCGGGUGUAGCUUUCACUGCAAUCCAAAGGAAGUAUUUUAAUGAGAGGAAAGGACUGGAGUACAUUCAGCAGCUGUGUGCUCCAGAAUUUGGCACCGUCAUCAUGGAAGUGCAAGCUAAGUAUUAUUGCCUAGCAGCUGCAGCUGCUUUGCUGAAGUACUUAGAGUUCAUCCAGAACUCUGUCUACGCUGCCAAGUCUCUCAAAGUGAGCUUUAAAGGGAGUGAACAGACAGCCAUGAUUGACUCAGCAUCUGCCACUAACAUGGAGCUGGUGAUCAAUAAUAGAGACCACAGGAGUGAGCAUACUCUUUUAGGGGUACUAAACCACACAAAAACACCUGGUGGUGCUAGGAGGUUGCGCUCCAAUAUACUAGAGCCUCUGGUUGAUGUGGACACAAUCAACAUACGCUUGGACACAAUACAAGAGCUGCUGCAGGACGAGGAGCUCUUCUUUGGCUUGAAGAAUGCCAUAGGUCAUUUCCUUGACAUCGACCAGCUGCUUUCUGUUCUUGUCCAAAUCCCAAAGCAGGAAACGGUUCAGGUUGCCGAAGCAAAGAUUACACAUGUCAUUCAGCUGAAACACACAUUAGAUCUCGUACCACGGUUAAGGAUGGUGCUGAAGAACUGCAACACAGCUCUGCUCAAGGCAUACAGCACCUCACUAGAAGACAACAGAUUCGACAUGAUCCUAAAGCAGAUCAAGACAGUAAUUAAUGAUGAUGCUACCUACCUGAAGGGGAGCCUGAACAUGCGCACCCAGAAGUGUUAUGCUGUACGCCCCAACAUCAAUGAGUUCCUGGACAUUGCCCGGAGAGCUUACACCGAGAUCGUGGACGACAUUGCAGGACUAGUGAACCAGAUGGGGGAGAAAUAUGGCUUGCCAAUGCGUACUAGCUUCAGCACAGCUCGAGGUUUCUUUAUCCAGAUGAAGCUUGAAGGAGUGGUCUUACCUGAGGGGAAACUCCCCUCAGAGUUCAUCAAGGUGUUACCGUGUGUGUGUGUGUGUGUGUGUGAACAUCUGUCACCUCAGGUAACCAAGCACAGGGACAACUAUGGCUUCACUACCGUGGACGUGAUGAAGAUGAAUGACCGCUGUGAUGAGGCCCUGAGGGAGAUCUUUCACAUGUCCUAUGUGGUGAUAUGUCAACUGCUCAGCACUAUCCAUGAGCACAUCCACUGCCUUUACAAACUUUCUGAUGCUGUGUCUAUGCUGGACAUGUUGCUGUCACUGGCAAAUGCAUGCACCAUCUCAGACUAUGUGCGUCCAGAGUUCACAGACACGCUGGCCAUCAAGCAGGGUCGUCACCCCAUUCUGGAGCGACUGGUUGGACAGCAGCCUGUAUCGAACAAUAGCUACAUCUCCGAGGGCAGCAACUUUGUCAUCAUCACUGGGCCCAACAUGAGUGGGAAAUCCACCUAUCUCAAACAGGUGGCGCUGUGUCAGAUCAUGGCCCAGAUAGGCUCUUUUGUCCCUGCUGAGUAUGCCUCUUUUCGUGUCGCAGACCAGAUUUUCACCAGAAUUGGUGUGGAUGACGAUUUUGAAACUAACUCUUCCACCUUCAUGUUGGAAAUGAAGGAGAUCUCUUACAUAAUCCACAAUGUAAGUGACAGAUCCCUCAUCAUCAUAGACGAGUUGGGGCGUGGUACCAGUGCUGAGGAAGGCAUCGGCAUCUGUCAUUCAGUUUGUGAGUUCCUCCUUAGCCUCAAGGCGUUCACCCUGUUUGCCACACACUUUCUUGAGCUGUGCCAACUGGAAUCUCUUUAUCCCAAUGUGGAGAACCAGCACAUGGAGGUUCAGCACACGCGCAGUGGUGAAACUGGUGCCGAAAGUGUGUUGUUUACACACCUGCUGAGUCGAGGAUGCUCUGAAGAAAGACACUAUGGUCUGAGAGCAGCAGAAAUGACUUCACUCCCUUCAAGCAUAAUUCAAGAGGCAAAGACAAUUGCCUCCAAAGUCAGCCAGCAGCUUUUGGCCAAACAUCACAGUGAUCCGGAAACACAGAGACAGAGAGCUGUAUACCACUUGGCCACUCGCCUCCUGCAGACUGCCAGGAACUCCAGACUAGACCCUGACAGCCUGCGUAUGUAUCUGAAGGGCCUGAGGAAGCAGUAUGAGGCAGAGCUGCAGGCCGCGGGGCUGCCAGCAUCCAAGAACACCGAUGAGGAAUGACUGACUCAGCCUUGUUGUAGGGAGGGGCAGUGAAACACUUGGGGAAAAUGAAAGUGACGAUGAUCAUUAGUAAGCAUUUUGUGUCUAUGGAUUUGCUUAUUUCUUACAUUAAAUGCAUUUCUUUGAA